GAAGUGAUCGUCCCAACACUUCCGGUUACAGUUUUUUCUUCAACAACAAAGCAAAAAGUUGAUAUUUUUUACGAUGAAAUCGCUGCAGAUGUGAGUCAAAAUGGAAAGUGCAUGCACAGAAGCUGCAGGGUCCGAAGAGGAGGACACGGAUGUCUUCUGUCUGAUGAGAAUGGGCAAAAAUGCAGAUUGGCUCCGACUGUUCGCAAACACAGAGGUCACCAUUGGACGCGGGGCAGACGUUACGUACCAGCUUUUGUCUCCAAGCUGUCCUCUGAUGAUCUCUAGACUGCAUUGUACUUUCAAACAGCGAGAAGAUGGACAGUGGACAGUGACAGACAAAAAGAGCCUGAAUGGAGUGUGGGUGAACAAUUGCCGAAUAGCUGCUGAAAAGGCCCACCUGAUCACGCCCGGAGACUCUAUCCAGCUCGGCGUCGCUGUUAGCGGGAGCGCUGUAGAGUUUGACUACACUUUAGUUCAUAGACCUCUAAAAGACAUUAACUCUUUCCUGGCAAAACCACACAGGGAUACAGGGACUAAACCUACUCACAUAUUUAAAAAGCCCAAGAGGAAAAUGACAGAAGAGAUGGAGCCUUCUACGUCUUCCAAGCCCAAAUUGUAUCGCUGUUCUGGGACAGAUAAGUCUACAGCGCAUUCCUGCCCGCUUCCUCCAACAGAACCGCAACAGCAGUGCCAAAACGCAAAAAUCACUGAUGUCAAAGCAGAGGAGUCACCAGGGGAUAUGGACAACUUACAAAUGUACAGCCAGAACAUCCUGAUGCUGAGGGAGCAGGUGGACAGCACGGAGAGGCAGGUGGCGUCACUGGAGGGUCAGCCCAGACAGAGCGCCUCCUUCAGGGAGGAGCAGGUCCGAGAGCUGCAGAGUCAACUGGAGACACUCCGAGCCAAAAUGGACAAGAUGAAAACUCUUGAGAAAUCUUUUAAUGAAGCUAAAAGGCAGUUGGAGGACCAAAAAACGCAGCAACAAGAAGAACAUCUGAAAAAGCAGCUAGAAGACGCAUUACAGGAGCAAAAGAAAGUGAUAGAUGAACUUGCCAUGUCCCGGCAAGGCUUUGAGGAGAUGCUUCUUGCCAAAAAUAAAGAACUGGAACUGACAAAGGAGGAGAAGGAGAAGGAGCGGGCUCAAAAGGAGGAGGUGGUGACUCAGGUGACAGAGGUCCUGGAAAAUGAGCUACAGUGUAUUAUCUGCUCAGAGCUCUUCAUAGAGGCGGUGAUCCUAAACUGCGCUCACGGUUUCUGCUGCCACUGCAUCCAACAGUGGCGCAAGAAGAAAGACGAGUGUCCCAUCUGCAGACAGGCCAUCCAGUCCCAGACGCGCUGCCUGGCCCUGGACAACUGCAUCGACCGCAUGGUGGAGAACCUGAGCCUGGAGAUGAAGACCAGGAGACAAGAGCUGGUCAAUGAGAGGAAAGGAGUCGUAGUGCCCCCCGCAGAGGUGAUGGUAAUCCUAGAUGAAGACAGCAGCGUGACCAGCGAAACGGGAGGCCAAGGUGAAGCGGAGGGCCCGGUACUCGUGGGCAGCAGUCGUAGCUCCUCUGUGCUGUCCGUGCACUCAGAAUCCGACCUGGACAACAGCCAGGGGUCCGUGGUAGUGUUCUCAGAUGAUAGCUUUUUGGACGAUCAGCCAUGAUUAAGGACUAUAAUAGUAGAGGUAUUUCAAUGGUUUACGCAAAUGUGAAAGGGACUCUGUUUGGUCCCAGCUGGAGUCCAUUAUCCAGAAAAAGGGAUUGUUGUGUUCAUAAUUUAUCCGUUUUGCUAAUAUUGCGAAUAAAGUUUUUUCAUGUGCAUUUUCAUAACUUUUGCCUUUGUUAUAUCUUCU